AUGGUCCGACAAAAAAGAAAUUUCUUUGUCACCUGUGUCAUGUUUCUAAGAGUGAGUAUCGAUCAAUUCAAUAGCUGGCAAAAUUAUUUGAAUUUUUCAGGGCGUAAAAAUCCUCUUCUCUACACGUUGCUUGGAUUUUUACUGUACACAAUGUGUCAACUGAUGGCUACCUUAACCUACCAAUAUGUCAAUAUUUAUAAUUGGUAUUUUGCUGGCGAAAUUUUGAUUGGUAUUACUGGAGGUAUGGGAUCGAUUUUUGGCACCUCACUUGCAAUAGUAACCGAUGAUUGCCGUCAUAAAUUAAGACCGGGCUCGUCGACUGUCCCAAUGCGGAUCGGUGUUGCAUCGUUUGUACAAUCAAUCGGUUCGAUUCUAGGGACCCUUGGUAUGUCCUUACUGGCUGUACCCACUCAGUCAGGGGGUCACCUUCAUCAGCUCAGUUAUAUCAAAUCUACUUCUGUGCAGCUGAGUUUUGCUUUGAUAGCUCUUGCUUACGCCUUUAUCAUGGUUCGAGAGACGCAUUUUCCGUUGGCUGAUGGAUAUCUGUACAACAGGCUUGAUGGCGCAUCUUCAACUUCACACAUUGAGCAGCCCAAGUCAUUUAUCACAAAAGUACGAGAGUACAUGUGUGCUCUAGUUGACGUGUUGACCAGAAAACGACCCGGAUGGACUCGUUGCUGUUUGAUUAUGUCACUAUUUUUCAUUAUGGUUGAAUUCUUGGCAUUAGUAAUGAGUGAGAUUUCAGAUUUAUCGUUGCUAUUCCUAUUGGUGAAACGACCGCCAUUUUCAUGGAGUGACAAGACGUUCAGUAAUUUUUCUGUGAUCAGAGGGGUGCUAUUCUCACUUGGAAUGGUACUAUGUCCAUUGAUGUUGACUUUUGUCCAUUGGCUAGGAAAAGACAGUCUUAUGAUUAUCCUCGGUAUUGCUGCGUCCGCGACAUCUUUCCUACUCAUAUCAUGUGCUACGACAACUAUGCAGAUUUUCUUGACCGCUGGUCUAACUUUACUUUGCGGUGGUAUAGCUCCGGGCUAUCGGUCGUUUUUACCACGGAUGGUACCUAAAGAGCAGACGGCACGAUUGCUCACAGUGGUUUCGAUAAUCAUGGCAUUCACUCCAAUGCUGUCUUCAUUGAUAUUUAAUCCAAUUUUCAAUGCUACACUUGGUUGGUGGCCAGGAUUUGCAUUUUUCAUUGGAGGAAUUCUGCAACUGUUUGUUGUAGCUGGACAAAGUGGAGUCCACUGCCUUAUGAGACCUCAGUGGUUAAUCGAGAAACGAUUAAAGGCCCAGAUGAAUACCCAUUCGUUGACAGUUGGGGAUGACUACUCAGGUGAUGUCGAGCAAAGCCGGACAACCUCAAGCGCAGCUGCUUCAUCGGAUCUCAACAUCGCUGGCGAUUCUUUGGAGGAAGAACGUCAAACCAUUCACAUGUAG